GCCAUAACUGAAAUUGAACUAGUCCAAUGCUUUCAUUCUCAUUUCUCAUUUCUUCACUGACAGAAGACGGAAAAAGGCGGGACAAAAACUGAUCAGAGAUGGGAGUCCACGGUCUAUGGGACUUACUAGCUCCCGUCGGCCGUCGCGUAUCCGUGGAAACCCUUGCCGGCAAAAAGCUCGCAAUCGAUGCGAGUAUAUGGAUGAUUCAAUUCAUGAAGGCGAUGAGAGACGAGAAGGGAGAGAUGGUACGAAACGCGCAUUUGCUAGGGUUCUUUCGACGAAUUUGCAAGCUCUUGUAUUUGAGGACUAAGCCUGUGUUCGUCUUCGACGGAGGAACCCCCGCUCUUAAGCGGCGCACCGUGAUUGCAAGACGGAGGCAGCGUGAGAACGCCCAGGCAAAGAUUCGCAAAACUGCCGAAAAGCUACUUCUUAAUCAUCUCAAGACAACGAGGCUAAAAGAACUGGCGAAGGAUCUUGAGAAUCAGAGAAAAAACCAGAAAAAUGAUGCUAAGGGUAAGAAGAUUUUGGCAGAUCAGACCCAUGUUGAGGAUGACAUUCUAGAGAAUAAUGAUGUGGAAAGUUAUGAUCAGGAAAAGUUAGACGAAAUGUUGGCAGCAUCCAUUGCGGCCGAGGAAGAUGGGAAUUUAAAUAACAAUGCAUCAACAUCUGCUGCUGCAGAUCCUGCUGUGGUGAUGGAGGAUGAUGAUGAGAAUGAAGAGAUCAUAUUGCCGGCAAUGUAUGGACAUGUAGAUCCAGCUGUCUUGGCUGCUCUGCCUAUAUCCAUGCAACUUGAUCUUCUGAUGAGAGAGAGAUCGAUGUCUGACAACAGAAAUAAUCAGGGAGUUGAGAAGGAUACUGGAAACCAAAGUGAGGAUCACAAGACUAAUUUAAGGGGCAAGGAGGUUUUGCUAGAUCAUCUGACAAACAUGGAAGGGGGUAGUUCAGAGAGAAAUGAUCUAGAAGAGAACUACAACCAGGAAAAGCUAGAUCAAAUGUUGGCAGCAUCUAUUGCUGCCGAGGAAGCUGAGAGAUUAACUAAGUCUGCAUCUACAUCUGCUGCUGCAAUUCCUUCUGAGGAGGAAAGCGGAGAUGAAGACGAGGAAAUGAUACUGCCUGCAUUGUUUGGCAGGGUUGAUCCAGCUGUCUUAGCAGCUCUGCCACCAUCAAUGCAACUCGAUCUUCUUGUUCAGAUGAGAGAGAGGUUGAUGGCAGAAAAUAGGCAAAGGUAUCAAAAAGUCAAGAAGGCACCUGAAAAGUUUUCUGAGCUACAAAUUGAGGCUUACCUUAAAACUGUUGCUUUCCGCCGGGAGAUAGAUCAAGUUCAGAAAGCUGCUUCUGGAAAGGGUGUGAGUGGUGUUCAGACUUCAAGGAUAGCCUCUGAAGCCAACAGAGAAUUUAUCUUCUCAUCAUCCUUUACAGGGGACAAACAAUUGCUGACAUCUGCUGGAGUGUAUAGAAAUGGAAAUGAGCAACAACAGAGGUCAAUAGGGCAUUCGUCUUCAGACUCUUUAGCUCAUGUCUUGUCUACUAGUAAGUCCAAUACUGUGACAGGAUUGGUUCCACAUGAAUCUAGACAGGUAAUUGAUGAAGAUGUUGAGACAUACCUGGAUGAAAGGGGUCAUAUUCGAGUCAGUAGGGUGAGAGCCAUGGGGAUGCGCAUGACCCGUGAUUUGCAAAGGAACUUGGAUUUAAUGAAAGAGAUUGAACAUGAGAGAACACAUGCAAACAAGAAUGCAAGUGCUCAGUCUGAGGUUAAUAGAGAUAACAUUGGUUAUCCAAAAAGAAUUCCCAGUAAAAUACAGCAUGUAAAAAGUUCAAAUGACAACAAUGGUGACUCUGUUAAAUUGAAUGAGAGAAAUGCAGAGUCCAUCUUAAAUAAUAAAGGACUUUUAGAGAUAUCUUUUGAAGUUGAUGGUGAAAGUAAGAGUUUGGGAAGUGAUGAUGAAAUAUUUACUUCUUUAGUAGCAGGAAAACCGGUUACAAUCUCUUCAGUUGACAAUGGUACAUUAAGAAGAGAAUCUUCUGAUUCCGUUUCAGAUAGUGACUGGGAGGAAGGAAUUAUUGAAGUGAGAGGCAAUAAUUAUGAACUAGAAAGUAAUCCCCCUCCUAAGGGAAGCAACAUUGGAUCAGAUAGUGAAGUGGAAUGGGAGGAAGGAGUAUGUGAUGUUGAAAAUUUCUCACUCCCAUCUGAAUCAGGAAAACUGGCUUCCAAAGGUUAUUUGGAGGAGCAGGCUGAUUUGCAGGAGGCGAUAAGGAGAAGUCUUGAGGAUUUUGGAGAUGAGAAAUUCAAUCAUGCACUAUCUGAGCAUGAAAAGCAAACAUGCUCUGAAGAAAAUGCUUUCAGUGGUGUUGGAUUCCUUGAUUCUGAAGAUAAUACUUGCAGGCCGAUUCUGCUUGAGAAGGAUGCUAACCAACAAAAUAAACACUCGCCUGAAAUUUUGACAAGUGCAAAGCUGGACAGCAUGGAUCAAAUUGAUGUCUCGCAUGUCUUUUCUUCUUCAGGGAGACAGUUGAAAUUGUCUGAAGUACAUGAUCCUGAUAAAAUGAGCAUCCUGCAAAUUAAAUCAUGUGUAAGAGAUCUGGGUUCCAACACUGCACAAUCAAGUCAAGAUGCAAGUAUAGGGGGAAAUUUCUGCAGAGGAAUGCGAUCUGCAGAAUCAGUUGCUCCUUUGAAAGCAAAGGAGGCCCACAUGACUGUGGAGCUAUCUUCAGAUACUUUGGUUCAGGAUGUUGGGUUAUCUACCUCAAGUAAUAUAUCUUCAGCUCAUGGUUCUCAUGUAUGUAAACCAAUAUCUGGUAAAGGAGCUCAAAACAUACUUACUGAUGAUUUGGGAAAUAAAAUGGAAGAAGAAAUAUCAAUGUUGGUGAAUGAGGAGCAAAAGACUGAUCCUUUAGUUCAUUCUGCUGAAAUAGCUAACUCUUCCAUGUCCAGCAUGGAGCCAUCCAAAGAUUCAGCAGUUGGCACUGAUGUCGAACCCAACUUGGCUGGAGAUAAGAAUUCUGAUAAUCAGUUUAAUGAAAAUUGCAUGGACAAAUUUGGCAGAAAUGAGAAUUUGCAGGCUGAUUUUGCGGAGGCCAGUUUGCAGGAGGAAAUAUUUAUUCUUGGUCAAGAGCGUAUAAAUUUGGGAGAUGAAUGGAAGAAGCUUGAACGUAAUGCAGAAUCAGUUAAUAGCGAGAUGUUUGCAGAAUGUCAGGAACUGCUGCAGAUGUUUGGCUUACCAUAUAUUAUUGCACCAAUGGAAGCAGAAGCUCAAUGUGCUUAUAUGGAACUUGCAAAUCUUGUUGAUGGUGUUGUGACUGACGACUCUGAUGUGUUCUUGUUUGGGGCACGAAACGUGUACAAAAAUAUAUUUGAUGAUCGCAAAUACGUUGAGACAUACUUCAUGAAGGAUAUUGAAAAAGAGCUAGGCCUAAACAGGGAAAAAUUAAUUCGCAUGGCUCUACUUCUUGGGAGUGAUUAUACUGAGGGUAUUAGUGGGAUUGGCAUUGUUAAUGCUAUUGAGGUCGUGAAUGCAUUCCCUGAAGAGGAUGGCCUUAAGAAAUUCCGGGAGUGGAUUGAAUCACCAGAUCCAACCAUUCUAGAAAAGUUUGUCAGGCAAAAUGGUUCAAGUAUGAGAAGAAAAGGGUCAAAGGUUGGUGACAGUGAUUCAAAUUGUGCAACUAGCAAUACAGGAGAAGUCAAUUCAUUUGGCCAGAACAUUCCCCAAGUUCAUGAGCAAGAACAGUCUGAAGAUAACACUCAAGAGAUACAGAGGAUUUUCAUGGUUAACCAUAGAAAUGUGAGCAAGAACUGGCACAUUCCUUCUUCUUUUCCAAGUGAUGCAGUCCUUUCUGCAUAUUCUUCCCCACAAGUGGACAAAUCAACUGAGCCUUUCACUUGGGGGAAACCAGAUAUUCAAGUUCUUCGCAAAUUAUGCUGGGAAAAGUUUGGGUGGGGCAUUCAAAAGUCAGAUGAGUUGCUUUUGCCUGUUCUAAAAGAGUAUAAUAAACGUGAGACUCAACUACGAAUGGAAGCAUUUUACAGUUUCAAUGAAAGAUUUGCAAAAAUUCGCAGUAAGAGAAUCAAGAAAGCUCUUAAAGGGAUUACUGGAAAUCAAUUCUCAGAACUGAUGGAAAAUGCUGUGGAAGAAAAUUCUAGAAGUAGAGAGAAAAGAACAGUGAUGCCCGAUGAAUCUGGUGAUUGUAAAACAGAGAGACCUUCUAAGAGAGCCAAGGGAGGUAUUCACAACGAUAAGAACAACUCUCUAGAAAAAUCUGCUACGAAGAGGUCCAGGAAAAGCACCGUGGGAGAGCCUGUUUUGUCUGAAGUGAAGAAUCAAGGAGAGCAAGCAGAAGGCAGGAAAAGCACACAUAAAGGAUCACAUGGAGGUGGAAGAGGUAAAGGAAGAGGUAGAGGCUGUGGAAGAGGAAGGGGGAGGGGAAGGGGAAAAGGAGAUCUUGGAUUUGAACAAUCCAACUCCAGCUCAGAUGAUUUCACGGAUGGAGAUGACAAGCUGGAAAAUCAUGUGCAGAAGUCAGAAGAGUCACAAGGACUACGGAGGUCAAUGCGCUCACGGAAGCCUGUAAGUUACAGUCCUGACGAUUUGGAAAUUGAUAUUGUGGACAAGCAAUUAGACCAGGAUGAUAAAAAUUCUGAUAAAGAGGCAGUAGAACCAGAUUUAUUUGGAGUUCUAGAGGUAUGUAGAGAUUCCAGUGCUAGUCUCAAUGACAAGGAAGACCUAUUGCCUGAGAACUCUAAAGAUCAUCUUGAAAUGGGAGGGGGAUUUGUCACCGAUGAAGAUGGUAAUGGUCAAGCUGGUGUGAGCAAUAAUAGCUAUCCUUGUGAACCUGAUGCCUCUAAACAUUACCUUGAGAUGGGAGGUGGGUUUUGCAUGGAUGAAAGUGAGACAGGUACCAACCAAGAUGCUGCCCACAGCCCAUCUAUGGCUGCUGUUGGAGAGAUAUUUGAGUCUCCCUAUACCUCUGGUCUUAUGAAGGAAGCUGACUGUCCUAAGGGUCCAGUUCAAUCUGUUUCUGGUGACGAAAGAACUUCGAAUGAUGUCCAAGAUGGACAGACAACGAUUUCCUUUGUUAUUGAGCCAACUAAGCAUGGUGUAGAUGUGACAGACACCGUUGAUCAUUCUCAAGCCAAUUCAUCUCUGGCUAAAACCACUGGAAGUGAAACUAUUGGACGUCUCAGUGCAAUGCCUUUCUUGAAAAGAAAGCGAAGGAAGAGUUGAAAAAACCGUGCAGAAUUUAGAUUUUAGGAUGAACUUGAAAACUUUUCCUCAUUGUAGCCCUGUAAAUCCUCUUAUUUCAUUCUUCUCCACUUAUUUUGUUUUUCAGGUUGAAAUUUAAAUGAAUUGUGAUAUGUAAACACACCAUAUGCUUUCAAGUAGCUAUAGUUUGUGGUUUAUUUAAACAAACCGAACUGGAACUUCUCAAGUGGUUCUCCAAAUUUGGAGACUGAUUCUGGUCUCGCUGGUUUUGGUUUUA